GGAUCAUUUUCAUUGAAAUUUCUGCGCUGUGGUGCCCUGAUCGUUGCUGGUGCUUUUAAAACUCCAAAAAACUUCAAGAAAUUGAAGAAAAAAAGAAACCGGCGACCAGAAUAUCAAGCGAUCGCUGGGAAGCCCAACAUACCAAAACAAAAACUUGCCUUGAGCACAGCCUUGUCGUUCACUCUUUCAGGGCUCCUUUUAUAUCCAAAGUCUCAACUACGCGCGGCUCGUGGCACUCCUGGGUGGCCCACGAGCAAGUCACAACGGCGUCCCUUAUUGGCAGUUCAUUCUUCUCUUCUCCAUUACCCCUCCUUCGACCCCUCGCAGCUAGCUCUGCAUUUUUCAAAAAGCCAGUGCUUGAUUGCACUUUCAUCUACCUUUCUACUCGUCAGUACAGCAAAAAAAGAGGUCCAGCCAGAAUGCCCCCAAAAAAGGCCGUCGAGGAGAAGAAGGUCCUCUUGGGCCGUCCUGGUAACAACCUGAAGAGUGGUAUUGUCGGGUUGGCGAACGUCGGCAAGUCCACGCUCUUCCAGGCCAUCACCAAGUGCAACCUGGGUAACCCCGCAAACUUCCCCUAUGCUACCAUUGACCCAGAGGAGGCCCGCGUCAUCGUCCCUGAUGAGCGCUAUGACUGGCUUUGCGAGAAGUACAAGCCCAAGUCGCGCGUCCCUGCCAACCUCACAGUCUACGACAUCGCUGGUUUGACCCGUGGUGCCUCAACAGGAGCCGGUCUCGGCAACGCCUUCUUGUCGCACAUUCGCGCCGUCGAUGCCAUCUUCCAGGUCGUUCGUUGCUUCGAUGAUGCCGAGAUUAUCCACGUCGAGGGUGAUGUCAACCCAACACGUGAUCUCGAUAUCAUCAGCGAGGAGCUGAGACUCAAGGACAUUGAGUUCGUUGAGAAGGCCCUCGAGAACCAGAAGAAGAAGACCCGCCAGGGUGGUCAGAGUCUUCAGAUGAAGCAGUGGAAGGAGGAGGAGGCCACGAUCGAGAAGAUCUUGGCCCACCUCAGGGACGGCAAGGAGGUCCGCAAGGGCACCUGGGGUCCCAAGGAGAUCGAGGUCAUCAAUCCUCUGUUCCUCCUGACGGCCAAGCCUGUCGUGUACCUUGUCAACCUUUCCGAGAAGGACUACAUCCGCAAGAAGAACAAGUAUCUUCCCGGUGUUGCCAAGUGGAUCCAGGACAACGCUCCUGGUGAUCCCAUCAUCCCCAUCUCAGUCGCUUUCGAGGAGCGUCUGACCCGCUUCGAGACUGACGAGGAGGUUGCUGAGGAGGAGAAGAAGGUCGGCGCCCAGUCGGCUCUUCCCAAGCUCAUUGUCACCAUGCGCAAGGCCCUCGAUCUCGGCAGCUUCUUCACUGUCGGCCCCGAUGAGGUUCGCCAGUGGACUCUCCGCAACGGCACCAAGGCGCCCCAGGCGGCUGGCGUUAUCCACACUGACUUUGAGAAGACCUUCAUCCAGGCCAUCGUCUUCAAGUACGCCGACCUCAAGGAGCUCGGUGACGAAGCCGAGGUCAGAUCCAAGGGGAAGAUCAUGACCAAGGGCAAGGACUACAUCGUCGAGGACGGUGAUAUCCUGCACUUCAAGGCCGGUGCCGCCAAGAGCUAAGCUCUAAGCUCACAUUAAAAUUAAUGAUAUGAAGUUUAUGAGAAAUGAGUAAGCAGCCUGUCGUGUGAAAUACCUGGGCAUUGUGUUACUGAAGCUCAGACAAGAUCCUGAGAGGAGCGAGUCUGAAAAGGGGCUACAUGCGUGAGCUGAAAGCUGCCAUUCAGUGUCGCCUGUAUCACUUCACUGUGUGGUAAGAAUUGGGGGAACACAGCCUUGCUGCCUUGAAAACAAUUGCGCAGAGCAUAGAAGAGCAGAAUAAAAAAAAAACAAUAAAAAAGUGUGAAAUGAUCAUCUUGACUUCUUCAGCAUGACUGACUGAGUGUUGAUGUGUGACCCCCACUUGAGUGUUUGCUUGCCGGG